UUUUUCUCAACUUGGGAAUUCAUGCAAUUUUGGUUCUUGCAUGAACACUUGGAAUAGGAUACUUGUUUAGAAAUCCCCUGAAUUAUUCGGCUAACUUUGUUAUCGAAUUCAUUACCUACGUUUCAAGACGAAGGGUCAUCGUCUGCACCUUCAUCUCCUCUCCAAUUCUUUUCCACGAUGUCGCUUUCGCCUAGUUUAGGCUCACCGUACCCUUGGCUUAAGGAGCUAAAAUCCGAGGAGCGCGGUUUGUAUUUGAUCCACUUGUUGCUCACUUGUGCAAACCAUGUUGCCACCGGAAGCCUUGAGAAUGCAAAUGCCGCCCUAGAGCAAAUCUCCCAACUCGCCUCUGCUGACGGUGAUACCAUGCAGCGGAUUGCUGCCUACUUCACCGAGGCUCUUGCUGAUCGAAUCCUCAAAGCUUGGCCCGGUCUUCACACGGCCCUGAAUUCCACUAAAAUAUCUUUGGUUUCGGAGGAAAUUCUAGUCCGGAAAGUGUUUUUCGAGAUGCUUCCCUUCCUAAAGGUCGCUGUUGUGCUCACAAACCAAGCUAUUAUGGAAGCCAUGGAAGGGGAAAAGAUGGUGCAUAUAAUUGAUCUAAGUGCAGCUGAACCUGCACAGUGGAUUGCUCUUCUUCAAGUUCUAAGUGCGAGGCCUGAAGGUCCGCCGCAUUUGAGAAUCACCGGUGUUCAUCAACAGAAAGACGUACUUGAUCAAAUGGCUCAUAGAUUGACUGAGGUGGCCGAAAAAUUGGAUAUCCCAUUUCAGUUCUGUCCCAUAGUCAGCAAAUUGGAAAAUCUCGAUAUGGAUAAACUUCGCGUCAAAACUGGCGAGGCUCUAGCUAUCAGCUCGGUGCUCCAGUUGCACUCACUUCUGGCGUCGGAUGAUGAACUCCUGAAAAGGAAAUCCCCAUUAGCAUCAAAGGGUUCAAAUGGAAAUCACUUGCCAAGAGCAUUGCAAAUGAGCCAAGGCACAUUGGGUGAGUUGCUAGAGAAAGAGAUGGGCAACAGGAAUAGCCCGAGUCCUGAUUCAACCUCGUCAUCACCGCUCUCUUUAACUCCUUCGGCGAAAUUGGAUAGCUUUCUUAAUGCAUUUUGGGAUUUGACACCGAAAGUCAUGGUAAUAACCGAGCAAGAUUCUAACCAUAACGGAUCCACUCUUAUGGAGAGACUACUGGAAGCUCUGUACUCGUAUGCUACAUUGUUUGAUUGCUUGGAGUCUACGAUGCCGAGAACCUCAUUGGAGAGACUGAAGGUAGAGAAAAUGCUGUUCGGGGAGGAGAUAAAAAACAUUAUAGCUUGCGAGGGAUCUGAGAGGAUCGAAAGACACGAAAAGCUUGAGAAAUGGAUUCAAAGGCUUGAUUUAGCGGGCUUUGGGAAUGUGCCCUUGAGCUAUUACGGAAUGCUGCAGGCAAAGAGGAUGCUGCAGGGCUAUGGUUGCAACGGGUAUAGAAUGAGGGAAGAGAACGGUUGCGUGUUGGUUUCCUGGCAAGAUCGACCGCUGUUUUCGGUGUCAGCUUGGAGAUGCAGGAAGUAAAACAUGAGUAUUGAUACUGAUCAUCUCAAUGAUGUUGGAGUUUCUCGUCUAGUCAUGAAGAAUUUUGUCCGACUGAAUCUGUCUGCAUUUCAUUUGUUUAUCUUUUAUUUUUCGUUUUAGAUCUAAUUGAACGAAUACUGAUACUGACGUUUGGUGUUUGAAUCUAUAUAUGCGUAAGUUGUUGAUGGA